AUGGUGGAGGUAAUUCUCAACGGGCGAAGCAUGCUGUACCAUGUGUACAAACGGCCUUUCGUUGACUAUUUUCUCCGCAAGGUUUCGGGAUGGUACACGCUAGUCAUUUUCACUGCCUCAAUGCAAGAGUACGCGGAUCCCGUCAUUGACUGGUUGGAUGGCGGACGAGGACUAUUUUCGCGUCGGUUCUUUCGUGAAUCUUGCACACAGCAACAGGGUGGCUCCUACAGCAAAGACCUGGCGCUCGUUGACGAGGACCUUCGGCGGAUAUGCCUGAUCGAUAAUUCGCCCAUAAGCUACAGUAAUCAUCCCGCAAAUGGCAUUCCCAUCGAAGGAUGGAUAUCUGACCCGUCAGAUGAGGCCUUACUGGACCUGUUGCCUGUACUCGAUAGCUUGCGAUUCGCAACAGAUGUACGCCGUAUACUGGGGAUCAGAGGAUUUUAA